AUGACUCUCCCCGCCAACAUUCUUAUUGUCGGCGGAGGGGUCUUCGGCCUAUCUACUGCGCUCUCCCUCUCGCACCGUCAUCCCAACUCUCAGAUUACCCUCCUGGAAGCCUCCCCAAUAAUCCCCAACCCGCACGGCUCAUCCGUCGACUCCUCCCGUAUUGUUCGUGCCGACUACUCCCAACCUCACUACGCCAAACUCGCCGCCGAAGCCCUUGAUCUCUGGCGCAACACCGAGUGGGGUAAAGAAGGCCGAUACACCCAGAACGGUCUUCUCCUGGUCUAUCCCCCCGGUAGUACCAAUGCCCGCGACUACGCCAACAAGAGCUACGAAAACGUCAAGCAAAUCCCCGGCCAGGAUGUCGAACUCCUCCCCACUCGUGAGGAGGUCGCGCGAGUCGCCCCGGCCUACGGAGUGAACCGCAGCGUUGCAGGUGGCUACGUGAACUGGGGCUCAGGCUGGUCCGACGCCGAAGCGGGUGUCCGGUACACCAAGCAGCGUCUGGACCAGGAAGGAAAGGUCAUCUUUAAGACUGGCGACGUGAGCAGUCUCCGAUACAUCAACGACAAGACCAACAGAGUCACUGGCGUCAACCUUGCCGACGGAUCAUCCCUGACAGCCGACCUUGUCGUCCUCGCAACAGGAGCCUGGACCGCCAAGCUCGUCGAUCUACGCGGUCGAACCGUCCAGACCGGUCAAGCAAUCGCAUACAUUCGCAUCUCGGACGAAGAACAGAAGCGUUUCGAGCAUAUGCCUACGAUUCUCAACUUCGCGACGGGCAUCUUCAUCAUCCCGCCGCGCAACAACAUGCUCAAGAUUGCCCGACAUGCUUACGGUUACGUUAAUCCUGUCCAGGUCCCGGUUCCUGGCACCACCCAGGAAGAGGGACAGAACAUGCAAGUCAGUCUGCCAGAGAAGGGAGUGCCUAUUCCUGCCGAAGGCGAAAAGGCAUUCCGGGAAGCUUUGAAGGAGUUGAUUCCCUCCUUUGCGGACCGGCCAUUCGCUGAGACUCGCGUUUGCUGGUACACUGAUACCCCCAACGGCGACUUCAUCAUAACAUACCACCCCGACCAUCCUGGCCUCUUCCUCGCUACGGGCGGCAGCGGCCACGGAUACAAGUUCCUCCCCGUGCUGGGCGACAAGAUCGUCGACGCACUGGAAGGUAAGCUGGAUCCUGCGCUGCAGGACUUGUGGAAGUGGCCCGCGGCAGUGUCGGAGAGUCAAUUCGAUGGAACCGAGGAUGGCAGUCGUUCCGGACCGAAGGGGUUGCGGUUGAUGGACGAGUUGUUGAAGACGAGAAAGGCGAAGAGGGGUAGCUUGUUGUGA